CUACACAAUAUGUACAAAUAAUUGAAGGGUAGGACUUGAUGUUAUUCACGAUUCAAUGCGAUUCAGCUGAAUCCUUUCGCCCAAAUUGGGUAAGCUACGGUCCAUCCGAAGCGGAGCAGCCGGACGAAAAGGGUAAAAAAGGAAGUUGAGUUAGCGCAAACACAUGGGUCGCCGCCAAGAACACAGAAAGAAUCAGUGAUCUAGAGCCUCCAUUCUCAUGCGAAGUUCGUAUAGUAGAGACCCUGCUCGGCCGAAAUGCUGCGCCGCUUCAGGACCCCAAUCUUCUUGGUACGCAUAUAAAAUGGAUUGAUUCGCCUGCGUAUUCUCGACAUUUUCCCUAGGUGGUGUCCGAUGCCAAGAAAAUUGAACGAUCAGGAGAGAUGGAGUUAUUCAAAGUAUUGUUGAUGACAUCCUGGGUUGUCACCGCGACGACAUCCCCUACUCCGCUAAAUCGACGGCUCAGUUCUCGUUGGACCGAUCUUCCAAGAGUCGGUGGUGGCCCCAUCCAGGAACAUAGUGCAGCUGCUACAGAUUCUCAUCUGUAUCUUUUAGGGGGCAUGCCCCCUGAUGCGAAUAAUAAUGCAACCGCAGUUCCAUCAACCAACACGUUCGAAGCUUACUCAUUUGAGGAGAAAGUCUGGAAGAGUCUCACUCCGAUACCCAAGGCGUUUACUCAUAUUAACGCCGCCGCUGUCGAUGGGAAGAUCUAUGUGUUAGGCGGGCUCACAGGAGAUGGAGAGGGGUUAACCUGGUAUCCGGCGGCGGACUGCUUCGUUUAUGACCCCGCGACGGGGGCCUGGGAGACUCUACCUUCCAUGCCGGAAAAGCAAGGACGCGGGGCUUCAGCCGUUGGCGUGUCCGGUAGCAUCGUUUACCUCGCUGGGGGGCUCUGGCGUCUCGAACUAUUUCCCAACGGUACGCAAGAGUCGCUUGACAUGGUGACAGCUUAUGACACAAAAGCGGGGACGUGGACAACACUUCCAAGCCUUCCUGCGCCGCGAGAUCAUGUCGGAGGUGCGGUCAUAAACCGAACAUUCUAUGUUAUCGGUGGCCGGGAUCGCGGGGCAGCUAACUUGCGAAACACGACUUGGACUUUAGAUCUCGACUCGCCUUCAGAUGGGUGGGCCGUCAAAGCCGAAAUGCCUACGGCCCGCGGUGGUUUCGCGAUGGGAGUUAUUGGGGAUUACCUAGGGACGUUCGGCGGUCUAGGGAACGAGGAUCCUGGUUCGAAUGGUGUCUUCAACUCGUCGGAGAUAUAUGAUGUUAAAGAGGACUCUUGGUUUAAGUUACCAGCUAUGCCACAUCCUAGACAUGGUAAUGUGGCUGCUACUGUGGAAGACCGGAUCUAUAUUCCAGGAGGCGGUAUCGCUGGAGGGGCGGCGCCUGUAGACACAUUCGACUAUUUCGAAUUCGGUCCGUAAGACUUCCACGCAGGUACUUAUGAAAAUACAUUAAUUGUUCAAUGAUGCAUUGGAAUCUACGUACAAUAUUUCCCUCCUCGAUUAAGCCACGCCUCUAAACGAC